AUGUUGGAUGAAGUUGAAAUUGAACGAAUUUACUCUCAAAAACUUCAUGAAGAGCUAGUCAAUCAAACCAAGUUGGCAGUGACACAUUUCAUAGAAUUAUGCCCUGAGAUUUUUGGACUGGAAAACCUAAUUUUGCAGACUGAUCAAUUCUUAUCUCCUAUCAAUGAAAGAGUUGCUCAAUUAUAUAAGGAUGUUUGUGAUACUUACCUUGAGAACGGUUUGCAAUUUGAUCAUGCAUGGGAUUGGAUAUUAAUCUGGCGUCAGCAACUGUCCUUCAAAGCAUUAGCUGAGAUAUAUGGUCAGGAUCAAGUAGUCCAAGCAAUGCAUGCAAGAGCUAGAAAAGCAGUAAACCAAAUCUACUUGGAAAAGCUCGAUAAAUAUAUGCAAUGGUUUCCAUGGUCUUGGUUCUCAAAUAUGCAAUUCGUUGGCGCCGGUGGGUUCUCAGCUGUUUAUACUGUGUUAAUGGUACCCGCUUAUGAUCCACAGCCUUUGCGAAUGGCUUUAAAGAUCGUCGAUGAUAAGCUUCUCAACGAAAUAUCAGUCCAAUCCAAAGCAUUUCUGCCCCUUUUGUUUCAAGGAUUGACAGUAUGUGAAACUACAGGCGAUCUAAUGAUGGUCAUGAAGUUUAGCAGCGACGGUAAUUUAGAGGACCACAUGCAGCAGCUGCCACUCGGCGACCUUGACCUUAAAACGAUUACCGGUACCAUUCUCCGUCUGGCAGCGAAUUUAGUCGAUUUGCAUAAAGUAGGCAUGUGCCAUCGAAAUGUUCACCCACGCAAUAUAGUUUGUACAGAUUCAGAUUACUUUUUGGUGGAUUAUCGCUUUGCCACUCCCACGAAAGAGUCAUCGUCGGUGACAGCGAUUACAAAAGCCGUUUAUGGUAGAUUACCUUACGUAGCACCAGAAGUACGUCAGGGUAUCUAUACGGAAAAGUCGGAUAUUUACAGCUUGGGGAUCAUUAUUUGGCAAUUGGUGAGUAAAGUCAUUUUCCCAUCGCCCGAUGUUCUGUUGGAUGGAGACCAUAAGAUAAGUAGUAGCAGCAGUCAUAGAAAACAGAAACCAGCAGCUGCAACAGUCGUACCCGCAGUAUCGCUAGGUUUGAACAGUGACGAUACCAACAGUCUUAGCAUGACCGAUCCUAAUGCAAGCAGCAAUGAGAAUGACGAGCAUGUAUACCGAAUUGAAACAGUACCAGGAUUACCAGAGUGGUACCAUAAACUAUACACAGCUUGUCUGAACCCUAAACCGGAAUAUCGUCCAAGUGCCAUUGAUAUCUGCCAAGCUUUGCAACCUAUCCAUAAUGGAUUGGAAUUUUCAGUGCCGCUCGAUCGUAAAGUGACAGAAUAUAUUGUAGCAAGAAGAGCAGAGGUCGCUGAUCAUCUUCGCACCUAUUCUAAAGUGAAAGGCAUUGUGUCAGCCUCUACGACACGUUUAUAUACCCUAUCCAAUUUACCAUCUACCCAACAUCUAAUCAAUCUACCAUUUGAACAUGCACCAUUCCAUUCUGUCUGGGCUGUUCCUGACACUGCCUCAGAUACUUUUACGCUUUCUGCAUACAUUGAUACCACUGAUCCCACCUUAAUUCUAUAG